AUGGGUUACAAAGAAGAAGCUGAACUUGAUGCCGUAAAUCAAAGAAACACAAAGGAAUAUCUACCAGCAAUAGUUCUUGUUUCAGUUGUUCUUGCAACGGGACUUUGUCUGAACACAUAUGCAUCCUUGUUUUACGGGCGUAAGUCACGAAAAUCGGCUUUCCAGAUAUUUAUACUAUCACUAUCUAUCAACUUCUUAAUAACAAAUUUAAUUCUUGUGCAUGAUAUAGUUGAGCUGUUUUAUUACGUUGACUAUAAAAGUGUCGCAGCGUGUAAGUUAUUCUAUGUAUUGAAGCACUGGUUUGUUGGGAACUCCCUAUUUUUUAUGGUCGCCAUUGGUUUUGACAGAUAUCGCAGUGUGUGUUUUCCGUUUUCUAAAGCAUUAACUCUACGAACAGCAUGGUGUGUUAUACUAGGAUUAUCAGUGUUUUCAUUUUGUAUCUCUGUUCGACUUUUCGUAACCACAGACAUAGCUGUGGUUAAUAUAACAACAAACCAGAAUUAUUCAAUUCAAGGAAGUACCUGUACGUUUUCUGAAUCUGAAAGUUUACAGACUGUGCGGGUGGUUUUUCAUUUUGUAGAUAUAUUUAUACAUAGUAUUAUUAUACUUUCAUUUGUGUUCUUUCACACAUUUAUCAUACGGAAAUUGAUAAAUACAAGAAAGAAAGUACAUAAAUAUUCCAGUAAAACGCAUAAAAAGGGGGUUUUCAGGAUCGAACCAGGUGAGCACAGUGAAAUUACAAGUGACAUAUCUACAAAAUGUGAUGACAUCAGUGAUGAAGAGUCUCCUGAUAAAGCUGACAAGGACAACAUACACAAUGAGACAGCUAACGGACAAUUUGACAAAAUUCCAAAAAACAAUAUGUGUUCAAAUAAGAAACAAGAAUACACAAAACCAAAAGUGAUUGAAAAUAUAAAUAAUACUUGCAGCGUUACAGUGGUCAGAGAGGGAAAGGGGCGAUCAAAAUUUAUCGGAAGUAGAAAGAAACGUGUAAAAAGCAAGGCAAGGUUGGAAAGAAGAAUCACUGUCAUGGCAACAGUCAAAACUGUUUCUUCCAUUGCUUGUUUUGUGCCUUUUUACGUGUCAAUGAUGGUAGUAAGCCCUAAACUAAACGGAGAUGGCCUUUUGCUUGGUGUUGGAAUCAUUUUAGCUAGGCGAUCUUUCAUGUUAAACAGUGCUAUAAAUCCCAUAAUAAUGAUAAUUUUCAAUGAUGCAUUUAGACAAUAUUUGAAGGAAAUGUGUCGUAAAUUGUUCUCAAAAUGUCGUAAGUUAUUUUAA